UUUUUGUCGAUCGAUUUUCUAUAUUUGCACGUAUUUCAGUAGAUGUGAAGGUGGGCGGGAAACACGGGGCCGUAAGACAGCAAGCCGCAGCUCCAAGGCUCAGCGCCCCGCGGGUGCGGGUGCUCGGCGCUGCGCAGGGCGCGGGCGGUCCCCCCGCAGCUUCCCUGCCGCGGAUGCCCGGCGGGGGCCGUGCCCGGCUUCCCAGGGGAGCGGCGCGCAGGCGCCUUUCGCUCCCCAGCUCCGGUGAGAUGCUCUCGGAUGUGCGAAGGGGAUCGCCCUGCCUUUCCCUCCUGCUUUCUGCUUUCUCUCCGGCACCGUUGCCCCACUUUUCCAGCGUUUAGCCUCAUGGCUGGGCUUCAUUUUUAAUCCGCCUUUUUUUUUUUUUUUUCUUUUUUUUUUAGUGUUGCCCACCCCGGGAGCCCGUUUAGCACCCACUCUCCGCAGCUCUUGCUCCUCCACGUAGCUGUAUCUAAAGGGAGACCCGCCUGUUGAUUAUUCCACGCACCCUCUGCCCUUCCCCCCCCUCUGCCACCCCUCCCCCCGCUUGAUUUCAAACCUUUGGAUGGUGUUUUUGUGUCAUUAGGAGAUUAACAUCCCUGGAACACCAGGGGAGGAAAGAGGAGGUGGUGGAUGAGGAGGAGGGUGGAGGGGGAGAGAGAGAGAGAGAGAGACAGCAGGCAGGAAGGUUGUCGUAUUGACACGAGUGAGGCUCUCCUCCCGCCGUCCCAGCCACCCUCGGCUUCUCGGUGGCAGCGGAGGGGGGCGUUUGCAGGCGCCGCCGGUUGCGGACGGCGGCAGGCAGGCGGGCUGUGCCCGGUGCCCGGUGACCGCGUCCGCGGAGCUGCGGCGGCGGGGGCCGCCGGCGGGCGUGCGGCCGCGGCUCCUGCUCGCGGCCCCCCUCUCUUUUAUGAGCAGCGAGGCGGAGGAGCGGCAGCCGGGGACGCCAGGAGGAGCAUUUUUCACGGGUGUUUAUGAAUGGCACUGAUAUGGAGGAAAUACCGUUUCAGAAAGUCAAGACCAAGAGGAAGAAGUGCUGCCACUGCUGCUGCUCCCCGCCUGCUGCCGCGGCGGCGGGAGCGGGAGCCGGGCUGGGGGACCCCCCUCCCUUGCUGCUGCUGGAUGCCAUCGCCUGCGAGGACGAGUUCGACUGCAAGGAGCUGGAGGCUCUCUUCCAGAGCUAUAACCUGAAGCUGGAGCAGACGUCUACCCUCAAGGCGCUGGCCGUCCUCAUCGUGCUCACGGCCAGCCUGGCCCUUGUGGAGCUGCUCUCUGGACCCAGCCUGACCAUCUCCAAAGGCUCGCACCCGGUGCACUGCAUCAUCUUCCUCUCCCUCUUCAUCGUCACCAAUGUCAAGUACCUGCAGGUCACCCAGCUGCAGCAGAUCGUCAAACUCACCUUGCUCUUCAGCUUCACCUUCUCCUUCCUCUGCUGCCCCUUCUCACUCGGCGCCUAUGGCAUGGAGCCCCCCAGCGCCCCCGAGCAGGGCAUGUGGCAGCUCAUGCUUGUCACCUUCGUCUCGUACUCCCUGCUACCCGUCCGGACCCUGUUGGCUAUCGUCUUCGGGCUGGUGGUAUCCGUCUCCCACCUCAUCGUCACCGCCACCUCCGUCAGCACCAAGAGGCAGCGGCUCUGGAGGACGCUUGUGGCCAAUGCAAUCCUUUUUGUCAGUGUAAAUUUGUAUGGGGUCUUUGUGAGGAUUUUGACAGAAAGGGCUCAGAGGAAGGCAUUCCUUCAGGCCAGGAACUGCAUAGAGGACAGGCUGAGGCUGGAGGAUGAAAAUGAAAAACAGGAACGUCUCUUGAUGAGUCUUUUGCCCAGGAAUGUUGCAAUGGAAAUGAAGGAAGAUUUCCUGAAGCCUCCUGAAAGGAUUUUCCACAAGAUUUACAUUCAAAGACAUGACAAUGUUAGCAUUUUGUUUGCAGACAUUGUGGGGUUCACUAGUUUGGCAUCGCAGUGUACUGCCCAAGAGCUGGUGAAGCUGCUGAAUGAGCUCUUUGGCAAAUUUGAUGAGUUAGCUACAGAAAACCACUGCAGAAGAAUAAAAAUCCUAGGUGACUGUUAUUAUUGUGUAUCAGGAUUGACCCAGCCCAAAACGGAUCAUGCCCAUUGCUGUGUUGAAAUGGGACUGGACAUGAUUGACACCAUCACAUCUGUUGCAGAAGCCACAGAGGUUGAUCUCAACAUGAGAGUUGGAUUACAUACAGGAAGGGUACUUUGUGGGGUCCUGGGUCUCCGAAAAUGGCAAUACGAUGUCUGGUCAAAUGAUGUGACUUUAGCCAAUGUAAUGGAAGCUGGAGGGCUGCCUGGGAAAGUUCACAUUACAAAGACCACCUUAGAGUGCCUAAAUGGGGACUACGAAGUAGAACCAGGAUAUGGACAUGAAAGGAAUAGUUUCUUGAAGAAGCAUAAUAUCGAAACCUAUUUCAUUGUGCCAUCUCAUCGGAGGAAGAUAUUUCCUGGACUGAUUCUGUCAGACAUUAAGCCUGCUAAAAGAAUGAAGUUCAAGACAGUCUGCUAUCUGCUUGUUCAGCUCAUGCACUGUCGUAAGAUGUUCAAAGCAGAGAUCCCUUUCUCCAAUGUCAUGACAUGUGAGGAUGAUGAUAAGAGGAGAGCUUUAAGGACAGCCUCUGAAAAACUCAGGAAUCGUUCCUCUUUUUCUACCAAUGUUGUAUACAACACUCCUGGAACUCGAGUAAACAGAUACAUCAGCCGUUUGAUAGAGGCCCGGCAAACUGAGUCUGAGAUGGCUGACUUGAACUUCAUUACCCUGAAAUAUAAACAAAUUGAGCGUGAAAAUAAAUACCACCAGCUUCAGGAUGAAUACUUCACCAGUGCUGUAGUCCUCUCACUAAUUCUAGCUGCCUUAUUUGGCCUUGUCUACCUUUUAAUAAUACCACAGAGUACCAUAGUCCUUGUCCUCCUGGUGUUCUGCAUAUGCUUCCUAGUCGCUUGUAUAAUGUACCUACAUGUCACACGAGUACAAUGUUUUCCAGGGUGCCUGACAAUACAAAUUCGUACCAUUUUGUGUAUUUUUAUUGUGAUAUUAAUAUACUCUGUGGCUCAAGGAUGUGUGGUUGGCUGCAUGCCUUGGGUUUGGAAUACCAAUUCCAGCAGUUCAAUAGUUAUAAUUUCUCCUGGUGGAACAAAUAAAACGAUGAAUGAACUUCCAUGUGACACAGCCCACUAUGCUUUCCUUUCCUGUGUAGUGGGGACUCUCACCUUGGCAAUAUUUCUACGUGUAUCUUCCUUGCCAAAAAUGAUUCUCCUGCUUUUUGUUACAAUUUUGUACAUAGUUAUUCUGGAACUCAGUGGUUACAGAAAAGCAGUGGGGGGUGGCUCCUUUUAUAUGCGUGGCUAUGAACCAAUACUAGCUAUUUUGCUAUUUUCUUGUGCUUUGGCACUGCAUUCCAGACAGGUGGACUUGAAGCUACGUCUGGACUACCUCUGGGCUGUGCAGGCAGAAGAAGAGAGAGAUGAUAUGGAGAGAGUUAAACUGGAUAAUAAACGAAUUCUCUUCAAUCUGUUGCCAGCACAUGUCGCACAGCACUUUCUUAUGUCUAAUCCAAGGAAUAUGGACCUUUAUUACCAGUCAUAUUCACAAGUGGGAGUGAUGUUUGCUUCCAUCCCAAAUUUCAAUGAUUUCUACAUUGAACUGGAUGGCAAUAAUAUGGGAGUGGAGUGUUUACGCCUGUUAAAUGAAAUUAUUGCUGAUUUUGAUGAGCUUAUGGACAAAGAAUAUUAUAAGGACAUAGAAAAGAUCAAGACAAUUGGAAGUACAUAUAUGGCAGCUGUGGGACUUGUACCUACUUCAGGAACUAAGGCUAAAAAAUCAAUUUUUUCCCAUCUGAGUGCACUGGCAGAUUUUGCAAUAGAGAUGUUUGACGUUCUUGAUGAAAUCAACUAUCAGUCUUACAACGACUUUGUCCUACGAGUAGGUAUUAAUGUUGGGCCUGUAGUGGCUGGAGUCAUUGGAGCCAGAAGACCACAGUACGAUAUCUGGGGAAACACUGUAAAUGUUGCCAGCCGGAUGGAUAGUACUGGAGUGCAAGGGAAAAUUCAGGUUACAGAAGAAGUUCAGCGGAUAUUAAAGAGGUGCAGUUAUGAAUUUGUGUGCAGGGGUAAAGUCAGUGUAAAGGGAAAAGGUGAAAUGUUGACCUAUUUCCUGGAAGGAAAGGCCAAUGGAAAUAAUCCACAAACACGAUCUUUAAACUUAGAGCGGAAAAUAUACCCUUAUGGAAAAGCAAACAUUCAAACAAAACUGGGUACCAGCUGUCCAUCAGUGUCCUCAGUUGCUAGCUUUACCGUAAAUGCUGGGCUUGGAGCAGUUCAAGCGUCUGCCACUCAUACAAAUCAAACACUGCAUUAUCUUCCCUCUGUGCCGGCUGUGAAGGAGGCAUAGAGCAAAGGAGAUUUGGUUGUGCCAUUUGCAGUGAACUUGGAGAGCAAUGGUUCCCUGAAUUUUUACCAAGAGAUCAGAGGUCAUAUACACCAUGGCAUUAACCAAGGACCACUACAACCCAACCAAAGAGAACUUGGGAACUGUGUAAUGAACUCUUGGGAUGGAAUAUAUAAGGGCUAGCAAUUCUGUUAGAAAAGUCAAAACCUGAUUUUCUGGAAAUAAGGAAUAUUUUCUUGACAUUUUUAAUGGGUAAAUGGAAAAAAAAAAAAGAUGAGAUAAACGUGCAAGCAAUUAUUUAUGAGUAUGUGUGUAUAUAUAUGUUUUAAUUUAUAUAUGCACAUAUACAAACACUCCUAUGUAGAAUUAAUAUAGUUAUAUAUAUAUAAAAAACAUUAAAAUAUGUAUUUAUUUACACAUCGACCUGCAAUGACAUAGCAAAGAGAUUUCUCUUUCUGUCAUAGCCAGCUUUGUUGGGUCUUGGAUUAGAAAAGCUGCAUUUAAUUGUGGAGUGUGGGGCAGAUGAAGGUUCUCUUGGGCUACAGCAAGAGUUAGAAAAGCCGUGCUCCCAGUGCAUGAGUUAAAGCAAUGAGAAAAGUGUUCAUUGCACUGUCAGCAGCAGAUUAAUGAAGGCUGGAUUCAGGUAAUUGCUAAACUUUAUGUAUUUUUCAAGUUCUACUUGCAUGCUCCAAAACUUUGAAGAAAUUCCAAGUCAAACAAUAACACUAGGUUUAUAAAGUAGAUAAACAACAGAACUUUAAUUUUGGCAGAAGAGCAAUAUGUUUUCUUUUUAUAUUGGAAAAGAAAUCCACCAGAGAAAAAAAAAAAGGGUGUUAGAGUUUUAAAAGUUGCUAAUUCCUCAGAGGUCAUUAGAUUCUGUGUGAGACAGAGGAGCCACCCCCCAAAUACAGCAAUACACUUCAGCAAUAUAGAAACAUUCCUUUAUGUACAUUGCUGAUUUUAUCGAAGAGCAGAAGGAUGGUAUUAUAAAUUGGAUGGCUUUUAUAAACAGCAUAGGUCAUGCAACUCGGUUCCAGGACUUAGCUAUACCUUUCUAAGCCGCUCAAAGAAUAUUCCUGUACUUCAGACAAACAUGCUGUUGCUAGUUUUGUGCUAUUUGUAUAUUUGCCAGGUCUUAUGUCUUAAUUGAUUUCUAAAUUGAUGCCAUAGUUGUUGUUUUUUUAUAUCUUGAUUCUAUCCAGGCUCACUCCUCAAAGCUGUACAUUUAUAGAAAGCUAUAAUUCUGAGAAACAAGCACAGUCAAACUUUGCCUAACUGAGGAGCACACUGGUAAACAUGCCAUGAAGGUGAGGGCUGCUCUUAGCCUGCAUAAAAGGGAAUAUGUUGUGACUUCUUUUUCCUUUAAUAGAGCCCACAUCCUAUCAUAAACGGUUUCAUUUUGAAACACCAGUCUAGAUGUGAAAUGCAUUGCGUAGCUCUCUAUUCAAGGAGGGAGUUGUCCGGCUGUGGAUGACUGGUGACAUGCUCCAUGGACAGCUGCCAUAAUGGGGAUGCACAAUCUAACCAGACUCACUGCUUUCCAAAAGAGAAGCAAAGCUUUAAAUUGUCAAAAAACAUGCAAAGCUUCAUUUUAGUUCAAAAAAAAAAAAAACUGCAGAAGUUGUCAAGGUUGUACAUUAGGAAACAUAUAUACUAGAUUCCACAUUUCCUAUUUUAUUACUGAUUUCAGUGGAAAGAGGAUACUGAAUGUGGUUCUUCCGCAAUCAGCAUAUGGACAAAUUUUGUGUAGACAUACAAAUAGUUAAAGAAAAUCUGCAGGAGUUUCUGUUCCCCGUGUAGCUGUGAGACUCCACAGGUUUUCAGCAAGUUUUUACCUAGUUUUUAUGUAUCCUGUCAGCUAGAUGCUUGAUUACAAGAUAGCACAAAUAGUGUUGUGAUUACAACAAUUAUAAAAAAUGUAAAUUGUUUCCUAACUAUUGGGUGUAUGCACUCUGACCUGUGAAAAGUCGCUGUAUUUCUUUAUAUCCCUAACAGCUAUCCAGUUCACAGGUAUUAUUCCAGAAUUAUUUAAUUCUGUUUUGGCGCCAUUCAAAGCCAUUUAAAUAAAUACACAUAGAGAACACAAACUUAAAAGAACAAAUAUUUACAAAAUUAAACUGAGUAAAAGGUAUUCAUGCAAAGUGCACUGCAUAUUUUAGGUUUUCUAAUAGGUUUAUAAGAGUUAAAUCAUAAUGCAAUUAAGUUACAUAUUUAACCUAAAUGGAAACUAUUAUGUCCAAUAGCAUUAAUCACUCAGUUUCACUCCCAAAGAAACCAAGUCACACAAUAUUUGUAUCAGUGGACUUGAUAUAAUUUCACUGAUAAUAAUAAAACUUUUUUUCACAUGUACUGUUAUUACAAAGCCGCUUCAGAUCUUAGUGUACUACAUGACCACAUAGACCAAAUAUAGACAUUGAUCCACCUUAAAAUCUUAAAAUGGAAGUAUUUCUUUCUUACUCUUUUUUUUUUUAACAGGUCCAAAAUAUAAUUACAUUGCCAUUGUUUCUUUUGUCAUUAAAUUAACAGUGAGCAGAAAUGAAUUGCUCCCUGUGCUAAUAUUUUGGGGACUGUUCUCAUUCCCAGACUCUUUCCCAGCCUAGUCAUGGAGUAAUGUCAGUGGAAGAUCAUGUAGCAAAGAUCAUGUAGCAAAGGUUCUCCUUUACCUUGGGCAAAGGUUUUCUAAGCCUGAUCCUCUUCUCCAACAAAUGAAUGAGGCAAGUGUCUUUUGUAAGAAUAUUUUUCAUGUCGAAUGGAAAGGACCAGAUAGGUGCUCUCCAUUGGCUAGCUACCUGUGGGAUCCUUUUGCCUCUGGAUCAAGGUGAGUGCACCAGGAUGUCUUCUGGCACUACAGCUAAUCCAAUUUGCGUGUGCUAUCUUAAGCUAUCAGUGAUGGUGUAUUUGAAGUCAUUUUCCAGACUUUCUCCUCCUCCUAAAAUUAAUGUUUUUGUUGUGGUUGUUGUUGAUUUUUUUUUAAUGGGAAAAGCUGUAUUUUUCCUACUUCUGCGUAGUCUUGCAUCAAGUACUACUCAUGAAAAAAGUUCAGCCAAGUCACAAAUGAGUAAAAAGCCAUAUGAAAAUGAUAGGCAGUAUUAAUCAACCAUUCCAGCAGGGUAGUCUAAACAUCCAUUUAAAUCAUGAUAUAAUGAAGCUGUGCUCUUACCUUUAUGCUUUCCCUCUUUAUUCAUAUAAUUUCCCCCCUUUUCCUUUUCUUGUGUACAUUUGUUUUAUUUCAGAUCUUGUAUAACAGCUUUAAAUGAUAGCUAUAAUCUCUCUGCUCUUUUCUAGUAGUACGAUUUCUGAUAACCCCACAAAUAGAUAUUUUCUGCCAAAAUAGAGAAGUCUGUCGUAACUUCUUUUAUUGGCUGAAGAUCACAUGUGGCCAACUCCAAUAGCUUUACAAAUAGUUCUGAGGGAUUUGAUUUGGACUUACUUCAACAGGUGCAAUUGUGUUUCCUGUCUUGCAUUUAUUAAUUUCCUGGUCAAGUUUUGAAACUGUUGACUAGGUGACCUUGCUGUAGCCCCAGCAAGGAGUCAGUUCUGCUGCACAGUACCCAAAAGUCCCUAACUUUUAACUGAGGGUAGCUACAUGGUGUAUUGUAGGUAGAAUAGCAUCCUGCACUUCUGCAGCUCUUAGCUUGAAAUAAUUAACAGAUAUGAGCCCUACAACAAUGUGAUGCCAUUUUGGCAUGUUAAUGUGUGUCAAUAGCAAGCACAAUUUUUCACAUCAGUUUGCACGUUUUCUCUUUAAGAUAAUAGUAAUAGUUGAAGUUUUGUUCUUUAUAAAAGGAAAUAAGUAUCAGAGAUGUUCAAACUUACUUCACUGUUUUGGGAGCUAAUUUCAAAGUGUUCCUGUGCUACCUUUAUCUUUAAAUGAUUUUUUAAUUAUUAUUCUCUGCUGAGAUUACAAAUUAGCUUUCAGAUGAAUUCCUGGCUAGAUAUUUCCAAACAUUUUCCAUAUACAUUGAGUAGAAACCUGUUUUAUCCAGCCUGUAAAAUGCAUUGUUAUUUGUAGAUGCUUCCAAAUGUAACUAGUUGCACUCUUGUUUUCACUAAAACACAUACAAAUUAUCCCUUGCUUUCUCUAGGUGAGAAUGAGAGCAAAAAGCUUCAGCUCACAGGGCUGAAUCUGCAUCCCUUAUGGACCCACAAGGCCUGCAGAAAUCACCAGGGAUUUAGCAUGAUUACAAAGGUCAGGAGAUGAACUUCUGUAAGCCAAGUUCUACUUUGGGUUACAGUGAUGUCUCACUCUGGUAUUGAACUGAAGUCACUAUUUUACAGCACUGUAACAGAGUAGAUUAUAAAAGUCUCUUUCAUAUUUUUGCCCAUAAUUUGUCUGUAAGGCAAAAGAAAGUUCUUGGGAGUCACUGUUUGAAAGGAAACAGUAUAUGACCUGUGCCAUUUCAGUGCUUUGAGAAAUCCAAAUACAAUAGUAACUAGCUUGAAUCAUUUUCAUGUGUUGAAUAAAUACCUGCUUGUAGCAGAAUCAAAGUAUUUUCUCUACAUCAGCAAGUCCAGAUUCUGUAUGUGUUCUGCCCAGGCAGGAUGACUAUUUAGCCAUAAUGUUCUUUCAAGUUAGAGUUUUGUAUUACAGUGAAAAUCAACAUUUUUUUAAUUUGUGAUAAACCUGUAUUAUAAUGCCUUAUUUAUUUUUAAUCUUGUACAGUGUUACAAAACAACAGAAAACAUUGGCCUUUCAUGUACUAUUCACUUUAAAAGAUGUAUUGUGUGAAAUUUUGUAAAUAGUUUUAGCUUUGACAGGUAAUUGCAUGUACACUUGUAUAAAAAGACGCAAAAAGGCACACUUUUAAAAAAUUUUUGUAACAGACAUUUUACAUGUGCAUGGAGAUUAUAAAUCCUUUGGAAAUUGAUGUCCUUUUGGUUUUCCUUGCAAUAUACUGCAUGCCACUUAUGCCUGACUUCAGUAAAAAAAAAAAAAAAAAAAAAAAAAAA